AUGAAAUAUCUACUCGCCCGCCCGCAGACGCAGGAAAACCUCAAAUUAUGGGCUGGUAACGCGAAGCUGGUGAUUGCCAGUCACUUCUUUUGGGGUGCAGGAACCGACAUGCAAAAGUCUAAGCAGGGCUUGCUCCGGUCUCUCCUCUACAGUAUGUUCUCACACAGCCCAGACCUAUUUAGCAUGGCAUGUCAGCGAAGGUGGAAAGCGACCAUGCUUGAUGAACAAGACGACAGCAUAUGGUCUGUUGAAGACUUGUUAGAGGCAUUCAAAACUCUGACUAGCCAGACCGAAUUCCCAACGAAAUUUUGCUUAUUUAUAGACGGUCUCGAUGAAUGCACAGAAGAUCAUUCCGAGUUGAUCAAACUGUUGAACUCUCUAGUUCAAUCAAAUGUCAAGAUUUGUCUCUCCAGUCGGCGAUGGAAAGUCUUUGAAGAUGCCUAUGGAGAACCGGAGGACCGAAGAUUAUACUUGGAAAAGAACAACCGAGAAGAUAUCCACAGUUAUGUUCAGAGUGAACUAGAACAACAUCCAGCCUGGGGACCACUUGUUGAAAUCAAUCCACGGACUAGUGGUAUUGUCGCUGAAAUUACCGAUCGGUCCCAGGGUGUCUUUCUCUGGGCGGUUCUGGUGGUGCGCUACUUCCAUGAAUGGUUGACGCACGGCGACACGAUGUUCUUCUUGGAACAGAAGCUUAGAAACUUUCCUGUCGACCUUGAGCUGCUCUUCAAGUCCAUGCUUGAAUCAUUACACCCGAUGUAUACUUCCUAUGUGAGGCGCAUAUUCAAGCUUGCGUUAACUGCUCCUGAGCCCCUACCCGUGAUGGCGUAUGCCUCACUAGAAAGAGGUGUCAAAGAUGAAAGCAAUGUCCAUCCACAGGGGAACAAACCUCUCAGUUACAGAGACCAAUUACUACGAAUUGGCCAGCUCGACAGACAACUCCAACACAUGGGCAAAGGACUACUGGAAGUGUAUCGUCAACAUAAUGAGCAGGAUGCCCUGCGCUACCGGGUGGACUUCUUACAUCGAACUGUCCGAGACUUCUUUUCAAGAAAUGAAAUAUUGCAAGGCACAGAUGGAGUCAGUCAAAAUAUCUUCUCGAAGAGAGUUCUCCCCUAUCAGGGCAGCGCUUGUUUGCAGCUAUUAGAAAUGUAG